AUGGAGAAGUUGCGAACAUUGUUGAUCGCAAAUCGCGGCGAGAUCGCCGUCCGUAUCACAAGAACUGCGAGGGAGCUUGGAAUACGCACUAUUGCGAUAUAUACAUCAGCCGAUGCGACCUCACGACAUGUCGCGGUCGUAGAUGAAGCAGUCUUGCUACCGGGUAAAGAUGCCACGGCAUAUACUGAUGGGGACGCAAUCAUCCAGAUCGCCCUUUCUCGACAAGUAGACGCCAUAAUUCCUGGGUAUGGGUUUCUUUCAGAAAACGCAGAGUUUGCACAAGCCGUCGCCAAGGCAGGCAUGAUCUUCGUGGGUCCUAAACAUGAUGCUAUUGAAGCCUUUGGCUUGAAGCAUCGAGCUCGUGAGAUGGCGGUAGAAGCAGGGGUUCCAAUUGUUCCUGGAUCCCGAGGACUGCUUGCGACGGAGGAAGAAGCUAUUAGCGCUGCCGAAGAUAUGGGCUAUCCGGUAAUGUUAAAAGCCACAGGAGGAGGAGGCGGAAUGGGUUUAGUCAUCUGCCACUCACCCAGCGAGGUCCGCCAGUCGCUAGCCCAGGUUCGUUCUCGCGGAGCGACGUUGUUCAAAAACGCUGGUGUAUUUCUGGAGCGAUACUACCCUAAGAGCCAUCACAUUGAGGUGCAAGUCUUUGGCAACGGCCUCGGGGAUGCCGUCCACUUUGGAGAGCGCGAGUGCUCAAUCCAACGCCGCCAUCAAAAGGUCGUGGAAGAAUGCCCCAGCCCUUUCGUUGAGAAGCAUCUAGGUUUGCGUGAAAGAUUAGCUUCAGCAGCAGUAGCCUUAGCAGAGUCCGUCAAUUAUGCAUCCGCUGGAACGGUUGAAUAUCUUGUGGACGAUAUUUCUGGAGAGUUCUUUUUCUUAGAAAUGAACACCCGUCUUCAGGUUGAACAUGGCAUUACGGAGCUCUGCUAUGGAGUUGACUUGGUACAUCUUAUGCUGGAACAGGCUAACCGAGAAUUGGGUGGCCACGGAGGCAUUGAUAAAAAGUAUUUAAAAUCGUUGCAGCCGGUGACUCCAUCAGGAGCCGCCAUUGAAGUGCGUGUCUACGCUGAGAAUCCUGCUCGCAAUUAUGCACCUUCCCCUGGAUUGCUACAAUCUGUUGAAUGGCACGAACUUGAUGGAACUCGUAUUGACACAUGGGUGGAGACUGGCACCAAGAUCUCACCAUUCUACGAUCCAAUGAUUUCCAAAGUAAUGGUACAUGCCUCCGGGCGUGACCAGGCAAUUGAGAAGAUGUGUGAUAUUAUCUCGCAAUCUGUCAUAUGUGGCCCCCCUACAAACCUCGACUUCUUACAUGCAAUUGUGCAAUCUAGCACAUUCAGAGGCGGGCACACUUUGACAAAUUUUCUAGAAAGCUUUGAAUUUCGCCCCAGUGCAAUUGAUGUUAUCUCCCCAGGGGUUUACACCACAGUCCAGGACUCGGGACGCCCCAAAGCAGGGCAAGGAAUUCCUCACGCAGGGCCUAUGGAUCCGCUUGCAUUUCAAAUUGCAAAUAUCCUGGUAGGCAAUUCCCGAGACGUAGAAAGCUUAGAGAUUACUCUCAAAGGCCCCGAACUGCUCUUUUCAGCACCGGCAGUUGUCUCGGUAUGUGGCGCUCCGAUAGCCUUAAGCCUUGAUGGUGUAGAUGUCCCUAUGUGGACACGAUUGUAUAUAAAACGUGGCCAAGUCUUGUCUAUCGGCAAUUUGCUUGAAUCUGGAGGUUGCAGAGCAUAUUUUGCUAUUGCUGGAGGAUUUCCUGCCAUUGCCAAAUAUUUUGGCUCCAAGUCUACAACACCGCUUCUUGGGAUUGGUGGCUACCAAGGUCGAGCGCUGGCUCCAGGUGAUCUUUUGACUAUUCAGAAAAUCGAUGAUUUUGAUGAGGCCGCGCCUAUUAUUUCCCUCCCUGAGAACCUCCGUCCACAAUAUACCAAUCAUUGGGACUUAUAUGCCAUGGUUGGGCCAUAUGAUGAGGGAUACUUGUUAGCUGAUGAUAUUGAGAUGAUCUAUAACACCACCUGGAAGGUCUCGCACAAUGCAACCCGUGGUGGUAUUCGUCUCAUUGGGCCGGCACCUACAGAAUGGGCUAGGAAAGAUGGAGGCGAGGGUGGACAACAUCCUAGUAAUGUCAUCGAGUACGGGUAUCCGAUAGGCACCUUGAAUUGGACGGGAGAGAGCCCUUGCAUCUUCCCUGUUGACGCCCCUGAUCUCGGAGGAUUUGUUUCUUCGACUACGAUUGUUAAAGGAAGUCUCUGGCGACUCGGCCAAGUAAAGUCCGGUGAUACCGUCCAAUAUCGCCGAGUAUCCCUGCAUGAUGCACUGCAAAUGAUCAGUCAACUAGAGAAAUUUUUAGAUGAUGUUGCCUCUCUUGUUGCGGGAGCGUGUCGUCUAGAUAGCAUCGAGCCCGUUCAUCAACAAUCCUUGCCCGAGUCAACGCUUUCUGGUAGUUGGGGUACAGCAGUGGUUUUCGAGAAAGUCUUGGAGGAAUCCAACCUUAAGAUAACGUUCCGACAGGGCGGUGACGAUUUCCUUCUCAUUGAGUAUGGCGAUGGAAGUUUCAACCUCAACAACCGUUGUCUUGUAACAAACUUAGAGAAGCUGGUUCACAAGUCAUGCAAAGCAGAUAAAAUUUUGAAAAAUGGUAUAUAUAAGAUGACAGGAUGCUGCAAUUCCCUUUUGAUCCACUACGACGGCUUGAAGCUUCCACGUGAGAAACUGAUAAACCAUUUAAUAUCUUUGCAGACCGAAAUGGGUGACAUUGGUCAGUCUAUGGUCCCCAGCCGACGAUUCCAUCUUCCGAUCUGCUUUGAGAGUCCGGCCCAGGAGGAAGCCAUUCAGCGGUAUAUGAAGACUCAGCGACCAUAUGCUCCCUUCUUACCCGACAAUAUGGACUUUGUGGCGAAAAUCAAUGGGAUUACCUACGAUGAACUCAUCAAUAUAUUCCUAACUACGCAGUUUAUGGCUAUUUGCGUGGGGUUUUUCUGUGCCGAUACUAUCUGUCUACCUAUAGAUCCUCGUUAUCGGUUAACAUGUCCUAAACAGAAUCCAAGUCGAGUUUACACGCCCGAGGGGAGUGUGAGUUGGGGUGGUUCCUGUAUGAAUAUCUACCCAGUAGACUCCCCUGGAGGCUACCAACUCACCGGCCAAACCAUCCCAUGCUUUGACCAACUCGGCACAAAACCGGGUUUUGGACCGGGCCAGCCUGGCCUAUUUCGGGACUUUGAUCAAAUCAGUUUUUAUCGCGUGAGCCGGGAAGAGUUCGAGCGCGAUAUGGCGCUCUUCCGUUCAAAGCGGUAUAGGUUUCGAGUCGAACAAAAUGUUCUGUUUGAUAUGAGCGCGCAUAAUAGAUUACUCCGGGAGACGCGGCAAGAAGUUUCGGCGUUUAAGUCCCGGCAGAUGGUGGCACAGGUGAAAAUGCUGGCUCUGGAAAAGGCGUCCAUGGAGCGAUGGAUGGCGGAUAAAGCGAAGAAUGUAAUUCCGGCUGAUGAAGUAGAGACAUUGAAACAAGACCCCCAUAUCUUGACCCUUAACGCCCCUCUCGAUGCCGACGUGUGGAAGGUCAAUAAAUCCGAAGGGGAAAUUCUCAGUGGCAACCACGUCGCGGUUAUACUCGAAGCGAUGAAGAUGGAGAUCGCGGUCUCGUAUGCUAUGAAUAAGAAGGAAAUGGACAACAGAAAAUUCAAGAUAGUUAAGGUGCUCGUCCAGUCUGGAGAUAUUGUCAAGGCUGGGGAUGUGUUGAUGUUCAUGAAAGGAUAUUCUGAUUGA